AUGCACAGAGCGUGGAUCCUCAUCGUUCUCAUAGAAGAGGGCCUCGCUCUGGCGCAGAGAACUAAAGACUCGUUGAGUGACAAUGGCGUCCAGAGUCCGAACCAGAAUGAUUGUGGCACAUGGGUGCGCACCAUCAAUGGCGGCGUGUUCACAUCGCCAAAUUACCCUAACACGUACCCGCCCAAUAAGGAGUGUGUCUACAUCCUGGAAGCACUGCCCAGGCAACGAAUCCAGCUGGCGUUCGACAAGAACUACUACAUCGAGCCGUCCUUCGAGUGCCGCUUCGACCACAUCGAGAUUCGCGACGGGCCCUUCGGCUUCUCGCCGCUCAUCAACCGCGUGUGCGGGGGCAAGAACCCCGGACCCAUCACCUCCACCGGACGCUUCAUGUGGAUUAAAUUCACCAGUGACGAGGAGCUGGAGGGCCUCGGAUUCCGUAUCAAGUACACGUUCGUUGCGGACCCUGACUUCCAUCUGCACGUUGGUGGACUUUUAAACCCUAUUCCAGAUUGUCAAUUUGAGCUGGGCGGCUACGACGGGGUCAUUCGAUCCAGUCAGGUGGAUGAAACCAAGCGGGUGAAGCCCGGGGACGCCUUGGACUGCAUCUGGACCAUCAGGGCCCCCCCUCAGUCCAAGAUUUACUUGCGCUUUAUGGAGUACCAGAUGGAGCACUCCAAUGAGUGCAAGAAGAACUUUGUGGCCAUCUACGACGGCAGCAGCGCCAUCGAGAAUCUGAAGGCCAAGUUCUGCAGCACGGUGGCCAACGAUGUCAUGCUGGAGACCGGCGUGGGCGUGGUGCGCAUGUGGGCUGAUGAGAAAAGCCGCCUUAGCCGCUUCCGUAUGCUCUUCACCUCCUUUGUGGACCCCCCUUGCUCGGCCAACACCUUUUUCUGCCACAGCAACAUGUGCAUCAACAACUCACUGGUUUGCAAUGGCGUCCAGAACUGCGUUUACCCAUGGGAUGAAAAUCACUGCAAAGAGAAGCGAUCAAGGGGUCUCUUCCACCAAAUUACCAAGACCCACGGCACAGUCAUUGGUGUCUCAUCCGGGAUCGUGUUGGUUCUUCUUAUUAUUUCUAUCCUGGUCCAGAUGAAGCAGCCCCGGAAAAAGGUGGUAGCCCGCCGACCAGGCGUCUUCAACAAAGCAGGUCUGCAAGAAGUCUUCGACCCACCGCACUACGAGCUCUUCUCGCUACGUGACAAGGAGAUGUCGUCUGACUUAGCUGACCUGUCCGAUGAGCUGGACAGCUUCCACAAGGUUCGGCGCUCGUCCACCAUGUCACGCUGCGUACACGAGCAUCAUUGCGGCUCGCAGGGGUCCGUGGGGACGGGCGGCGGAGGCGGUGGCAGCAUCAAGCACAGCCGCACCACAUUGAGCUCCAUGGAGCUGUCCUACCACAAUGACUUCUCCAAGCCACCGCCCAUGAAGACCUUCAACUCAACCGGCACCUACAAGAAAAGCUGCUAUGGCUACAAGCAGCAUGCUCAGACUCACGACUGCGACCAGCAGGUCAUCGAGGACCGCGUCACAGAGGAGAUACCCUGCGAGAUCUACAGCCGAGGCGGCGGGGCCACAGGCGGCGUGGGUAUCGGCGGGGCGGUGGGCAUCACAGGGGGAGUGGCCAUGGCUGGGGGCAUGGGAAUGGCGGGGGGAGUGCCCAUGGCCGGGCCCAGUGGCAUUGCUGGUGGCAUUGGAGGCAGCAUGGGUGGUGCUUGCGGCACCCUCACCAUCCGUGGCAGCAGUUCCCGCAACAGCACCUCAGUGGUUGAUCCCCAACAACGUUCCAUGUCCAUGGACUUCUAG